UCGGACUUACAGUAGCACCAAAGUCACAGCGUGAGUGAGCCAUGCCCACAGCGCAGAGCAGCGCCAUGUGGGGCCAGAAGAGCAAUCGCAAAUUAAUUAUCGGCAUAUUCGGCUUCAGCCUGGGACUGUUUGGCAUAUUGUGCGGCAUGUUCUGGGAGGACCUAUUCAAUUGGAUCAUGCACAAGGAAAUGGCUCUGGCACCCGACACACGUGUCUACGAGAACUGGAAGUCGCCGCCGCUGGAACUCAAUUUGGAUAUUUAUCUGUACAACUGGACGAACCCCGAGGAGUUUGGCAAUCUCUCGACGAAGCCCAUCCUCGAGCAGGUGGGUCCCUACAGAUUCAGCGAGCGGCCCGACAAGGUGGACAUCGAUUGGCAUCCGGAGAACGCUUCUGUGAGCUAUCGCCGCAGAAGUUUCUUCUACUUCGACGAGGAGGGCAGCAACGGCAGUCUGGACGAUGAGAUUAUCACCCUCAAUGCGGUUGCUCUGUCCGCUGCAGCCACGGCCAAGCAUUGGCCCAGUGUCAAGCGUGCCAUGGUCGAUGUGGGCCUCAAGGUCUACGGCCCCGAGAUGUCUGUGCGCAAGAAAAUCGAUGAGCUCCUUUUCACGGGCUACAACGAUGUCAUGAUCGACGUGGCCAUGGCCAUGCCCAUCUUUGGCGAUGAGGUCAAGGUGCCCUUCGACAAGUUUGGCUGGUUCUACACUCGCAACGGCAGUGCCGAUCUCACGGGUGUCUUCAAUGUCUUUACGGGUGCCGACGAUCUGGCCAAGCUGGGACAGAUGCACACGUGGAACUACCAGGAGAACACGGGCUUCUUCGAGUCCUUCUGCGGCAUGACCAACGGUUCGGCAGGGGAGUUUCAGCCACAGCAUUUGAAACCCGGUGGCAGUGUGGGACUUUUCACGCCCGACAUGUGCCGCACAGUUCCGCUGGAUUAUGUCGAAACGGUGGACGUUGAAGGCUUGAAGGGUUACAAAUUCGCUGGUGGACCACGUUCUGUGGAUAAUGGCACACUUUAUCCCGAGAAUCUUUGCUACUGCGGCGGUCAGUGCGCGCCCUCGGGCGUGAUGAACAUCAGUGCCUGCCGCUUUGGGUCGCCCGUCUUCAUGUCCUAUCCACAUUUCUACAAUGGCGAUCGGUUCUUUGUGGAUCAGGUGGAGGGACUGGAGCCCAAGCAGGAGGAUCACGAGUUCUACAUGGUUGUCGAGCCAAAUACGGGCAUUCCACUGGAGGUGGCAGCCCGUUUCCAGGUCAACAUGCUGGUGGAGCCCAUAGAGGGCAUAGCCUUGUACAAGGAUGUACCCAGGAUAUUCUUUCCGCUCAUCUGGUUCGAGCAGAAGGUGCGGAUCACACCGGAAAUGGCCGACCAACUGAAGGUGCUGCCCAUUGUCCUGCUGUCGGGGCAGAUCUUUGCUGGCGUUUGCCUGGCCAUUGGCCUCGUCCUCCUCUGCUGGGCACCCGUCGAACACAUGUUGUCCUGGUGCCGGAGUCGUCGCUACGAUCUGAAGACCCCAACGAAGAAAAACGGCGAACACAAGAGCCGCUCCCACUACUCCAGCGCCGAAGAGCUCAAGUCCAAGGCCUCCACUCUGGUGUGCGAGAAGAGUACCAGCGGCACUCCGGACAGCUCUCCCCUGCUCUCGCGCCGCCAAAAGGCCACCAUUGUCCCGGCCAGCAUGUCCAAGUCGCAGACGGGCGACAGUGUCGCCACCGCCUCGACCUCCGUCAGCGACAACAAGCAGGAGUAACGCAGAAACUUCAUUUCGCCAUUCGCCAUUUAGCUAGUUAAGCCGUCCUAGUGCUUUAGUCGUAGUUCCUAGUUUAGGUAGUACGUGUUUGCCAGUACCAAAGACCAUCAAAAUUUCAAAUCCAUUCCCAGUGCCUAUGCCAAAGAUGAGUUAGCCGGCGAGGCCAUUUGCUCGGCAUGCGAAUACUCUCUCUACAUUCCAUUCCCUAGUUUCUAAUUGUCCAAAGACAUUUUUGUAUUUUGUACAUUUUUUCUUAAUCAAAUUGUGUCUCUGCAGUUCGCUGGAAGCUGACAGAAGGCCAAAAUAUCAAAGUGCAUAUAUUUUAUA